AACUGCUUUUGAAAGAAAACGACUCCUACGAACUGUCAGAAGCAGGAUUUAAUUGGAAUUUUUAGUGGCAUCUAUUACUUGUUAAAGCUGAUCCCUUAAAAUACAUACCUUCGCUUUCAAGGUCUGUAAUAAGACACUGACGUCCCUUUGUUUGGCGUAGAACUCUUCAUGAAAAGUCAUUCAGUUCACAUUUAUAUUGUUUAAUUGAUUUUUUUCUAAAUAUUUAUUUGAGAAGAAAUUAUAACGAUUGCCUGUGUAACAAGACAUAUUUAUUAUAGAAACGAAAGGAAGACGAAAAUUAUCACACUCAGGAAGAAUACGAAGUGCUUAUUUAUGAUACCUUUCUAGUGUUAAACGCCUCAAAUAAAGGAUUGUUCAUACUGUGAAUUCCAGCAAUUGAGCUUCCAAAGAUGUUUCCACGUACUACCAAAACGUUUGCUUUGAGAGGUUGUUCUGGCGCUUUAACGAAAGAAUCUUUCACAAAAUACUCUUCUUCUAUAUACCGACCUUGGUUCUUUUGCCGUCAACAUGGACUUUAUCCUCAUACUCAUGAGCAUAAUCACGAAGAUGAGAAAAACUACUUCGAGCUUGUCAAAGCAUUGAAACAAAAAAAGCAAACACCCGAAGUGAAAUUGACCUGGUGGGGUUUAUAUAGUAACAUAGCAUUAAUGGCUGCUAAAGGAACCGGCGGAUUGGCUCUACAAUCAAAUAUAUUGCUUGCUGACGCGGCCCAUCAACUAGGAGACAUGAUUUCAGAUUUGGUGACUUUGUUUACUUUGAAAAUUUGUAAUAAGAAACCAACUCGAGACUAUCCAACAGGAUUUGGAAAAUGGGAAACUUUAGGGACUUUUAGUGUUUCUGGUUUACUCCUUGCUGUAUCAGUAGGAAUUGCAAACUCUUCCGUGAGUCGCUUGUAUACCAUGUUUUUUCAAGAUUCGGUUUCGCACAACGCCGUGGAUGGAGCAGCUACGAGUACUCAUAUAGGACAUUCGCACGAUUAUUCCGAGUUAAUUUUACAGCAUCCUUUCAUAGCAAUUGGAAUAGCUCUUGGAAGCGUUGUUCUGAAGGAGUGGCUGUUUCAAAGAACAAAAGAAGUUGCAAAACUAACGGGCUCAAAUUUAUUGAUCGCCAAUGCAUGGCAUCACCGUGCGGAUGCAUUGACUGGCCUAGUAUCUCUCAUUGCACUUUCCGGAGCAUAUUUUUUGAAAGCGCCAUGGUUAGAUCCUCUUUUUGGGUGCUUAGUCAGUAUAGUCGUCUUUCGAGCUGGUUUUAAAUCUUCAAGUAAAGCUUUCCAUCAGAUACUUGACAAAGCUCCAUCCACAAAGUUGCAAACAACUGUUGUUGAUGUUCUAUCUAAAAAAGCAAAUUUUCCUCAUAAAGUUGCUAUGACUUUGGGAAAUACUCAUGCGAUUCAUGUCAUUUUGUCAAUGGCACCAGAUUUAACAAUUCAAGAGUCAUCAAAGUUGGCGAAAUCGGCUGAACAAAUUAUACUAGAUGCCAUGCCCGCUCUUUCAAGCUGUAUCGUUACACCUCUCUCUUCCACAUCAGAUCAAAUCCAAGAUUGGAAGAAAUUGGGGCCUGUACCAGAGCAUCAUGAACACACUCACUAAAAACAUAGAGCUAGGCACAUUUAUUUUUUGCUGAAGAAAUACUACUUUGUAGAAAACAAAGUUGAUUGUUUAAAGAAACUUAAAACAUGCAACUCACCGUGAUACAAUCAUACACAGAAAUUCUAUAUGUUUGCUAUUCAGAAUACAAUGUCAACCGCAGCAGGUUGUAUAAUUAUAGAAAAAGAACGACAUGCUCAUAAUUUAAAGAGCUUUCUAUGAAAACUUUUCUAUCCUAACAAAGGGAAGAGUGAAGUUUUUUCGUAUGUUCUUGACGUUUGGAUCAUCAAUAACCCAACUCCAGGUAUAUAGUUUCAAAACUAUACAAAGGAAAGAAACUUCUUUCUUGAAUAAAGGAGAAAUCCAAAAACCACCAAUAUUAUUGUUCUUAUUUUUUCUUAAAUAACUUUAUUAAUAUGCCACACAUUCCAUUAGAUGAGUUCAGAAACGCUCCAAUCCUCAUAACUUCCAUCAGGUAAAUAGCGACGGACCAAAAGGGGAAUCUUCUUUUGUGCAAGUUCUUUCAUGGCAAUCUGCAAUGGAUCUGUUUCGCCUUCCAAAUCCACUAAAACAGGAGCAUUCAUACUAUACAUUCUGGUUAGUUUUCUGGGAGAAUAACUAUAUGAAAAAUCACAAGGAUUGUUUCCAUUUGAAAGAACAUGUUUCUAUACACAGGUCAAAGGUAGUAGAAUGCCAGCAGCUUCACUGAUGCAUUUUCUCAGUUCCAACCAUUCAUAAUUCCAUUUUUAUUCUUUCGCCUUGAUUGCUAUACUUACCUGAUCUGUAAGGCACGGGUACCCAAGAUACGAGCACGCUCGUAUUUAGUCAUGUAUGGCGUUGUCAUACGUUUUUCUUUUUCAACGGCUUUGGAAGGAGGACCAACACGGCUACUGGCAACGUCUUCUGACAAUAUUGCAGUGGAUUCUCCUCCUAAACCGCCAUUUUGUUGUUCGCCAUUU